GAAACCACUAUGCUCAAAUUUCUCAUCGCAGAGCAAAACCACUUCACUUCAGCAAACAAGAAGCAUCAAGAACCCUCCAAGGCCAAGGAACAGAGACACUGAGGUAGCCGCUAGCUCCUAUUAGAUUGUGAUUCGGAUCAACACUCAAUUCGCCAUCAGAAGAUGUGUCCGAUCAAGGAGGAGAUGGGCGGGGAGUCAGGCUCGCCGUGCAGCGGGGACUAUUACUCGCCCUCCACGUCCUCGGAGCUGCAGCAGGUGCAUAGUCAGAAGCAGACGCCGUGGACGAAGCGGCCGGCGGGGCGGACCAAGUUCAGGGAGACGCGGCACCCGGUGUAUCGCGGCGUGCGUCGUAGGGGCAAUGCCGGGCGCUGGGUGUGCGAGGUGCGCGUCCCGGGACGGCGCGGGAGCAGGCUCUGGGUCGGCACCUUCGACACGGCCGAGAUCGCCGCCCGAGCGCACGACGCCGUCAUGCUCGCCCUCGCCGCGGGCGAUUCCUGCCUCAACUUCGCUGACUCCGCUGAGCUGCUCGCCGUGUCGGCAUCCUCCUACCGCAGCCUCGACGAGGUGCGCCACGCUGUCACCGAGGCCGUCGAGGACUUCGAGCUUCGACACCACGCGCUGGGCGAGGAGGACGCCCUGUCCGGCACGUCGUCGGCGACGCCCUCCUCCUCCUCCUCCUCUGUCACCGACGACGAGACGUCGUCUUCGUGGGCCGAGGAUUCACCCUUCGAGCUGGAAGUCCUGAGUGAUAUGGGCUGGGAUCUGUACUACUCGAGCUUGGCGCAGGGGAUGCUCAUGGCGCCGCCGACCGCAGCUGCUGCGCUCGGUGAUUACGGCGAGGUCAAUCUCGCCGAUGUGCCACUGUGGAGCUACCAGACCUAGUUUAGUUCGCGCCACUUCAAAUUUUACCUCUCUCCUUCGGUGUCGUGUUGGACAAAUUUUGGUUCUGUACGGUCACUGCGUGCAGUUUCUGGUAAUGUGAUUGUGCAAAUUCAGGAAACAGAGCAUGCUUUUUUUACCAGGGAA